AUAGUGACAUGAGUCUCAGAAAAUAUCAAACUAAUCUCAGCCUCACCGUAACUCCGUUAUCAUUUUGAAGCACUAGCUUAAUGACAAUGCAAGCGCAUCUUCUAGUGGGACCCAUCUCCAUCACCACUCAUUCUACCGUCGCUGAUUCUUCCUAUCUCUCCGCCUCGCCUCGUCGCCGGAGACAUCUACUCAUCUCAGCAGCUUCCUCUUCUUCAGCUUCUGCUAUCAACGGCGGCGGCGACCACUAUACCGUACUCGGCAUAGCGCGUUCUGCGGAUGCUGUUGAGAUCAAACGUGCUUAUCGUCUCCUCGCUCGUAAGUAUCAUCCUGAUGUCAGCAAGGAUUUAAAUGCUGCUGAAUCGUUCAAGAGUAUCCGCCAUGCUUAUGAAGUACUAUCCAAUGAAACAACAAGAGUUCAGUAUGAUCGGGAACUUCAAUUCAGUCACAAGCCAUACCAAGAAAAAUGGAGUUACAACACCGAAUUUGAAGAUGAGGUAAGAAGAUAUAGGUGGGCUUACAUGAGGAGGAAAAUGCGCAGUGAAAGAUACUGGGAACAUUACAAUGCCAACAAGGAUUACUACAACAGUGAAACAUAUGAGAAGGAGGAUGAAGGAAAUUUAGUUGAAAAAAUGGGUUCAUUUGUUGAAGUUCUUAGAUCAACAUUCUUGUCACUAUUAUUAUUCCAAACAUUAGGAUCCCGGCUCUCCCUUACAUUUAGUGGUCUGACAGCAUUGUUUGAUAGGAAAUUAGAUGCUGGCUAUAAAGCUGGUUAUGUAAUAGCAUGGAUUAUGGGUGGGAGGGCUGGCAUAAUGCUAGCAUUGAUCUUGUCAUUUGCAAGUUGGGUUUGUGGGAAAACCAGUAGUAGUGUGGUUGCACUAUAUAUGGUAGCCAUGUGGGUUGGCUCAUCCCUUUCAAGUUAUGCACCAAUUCCCCAAGGUGCUCUGUUAACUCUCAUCUACAUGUCCAUUAAGCUGCAAUCUGACCAAAUAUAAAGACCAUGCUUCUGCCAGCAUUUCUUACUUCUGAAUUUGUAUGAUGUCAAUAUUCUUUUCUAUUGUGGAUGUGUUCGUACAUUAUAAUACAUUCUAGUAAAUAAAUGUAAAUAAAUAAAUUCUAGGCAUUUGCUGGUGAUA